AGAUUUGCCGGCUUCCCUACUAAGACUUAUCCUUAACGUCUGGUUUUCACUUCAUCGCUUGUAUGUUGAGACCAUUCUGCAGGUCUCUAUCCAGACACGGACGGUUAUUUUACUCCAACAGCUCAGCGCGUCAGGAAGUUUCGCAUGCCGCUAAAGAGACGCAAGAGGAUGAGGACAACUUGCAGGACCUCAAUCGACGGAAACGAAAGACGGAGUGGAAGCGAAGACAAGGGGGUCAAUCUUUCCUCGAUAACCUUGUAAUCAACGUUCGAGGAGGCAAUGGGGGUGAUGGAUGCGUUGCCUUCCACCGAGAAAAAUGGAAGCCCAUGGGCCCUCCUUCAGGUGGUAGCGGUGGACGUGGAGGCGACGUUUAUAUUCUCCCUACGCCCGGUCUCACAAAUCUUUCCUCCAUCCCAAAACGUAUACGAGGCGCCGCAGGCGGGAAUGGCCAAGGAACAUGGCAGAAUGGCAAAAGCGCACAACCAACGAUCAUCAAAGUUCCUCUAGGCACAGUAUUACGCGAGCUUCUUCCAGGCGACUCACGACGCGCGAAGGACGAGUGGGAAGCGGAGGAGGAAUCGUUGGAGGGCCUCAAUCCCGAAGAACGCCGUGCAAAGCUUCGGGAAGAUAGAUGGUUGCAUUAUCCGCGAUAUGCGGAUGAUAAUGUCAACCGUGAUGUUUUCAAACAGGCGGAAGCAGCUCUAUGGCGCGAGGAGAGAGCCAGGCGUUGGGCAAGGAAACAGAGGACGCUAGCGCCCAUCAAUCUCGACUUGGACAAGACAGAGGAAGUCAUGAUUUCUGAUGAUGCACCUCUUGGAAUCGGUCAGCAGGAGUGGCUGGGACAUAUUGUCGCACGAGGCGGCAAUGGUGGGUUAGGCAAUCCGCAUUUCUUGUCGCCCAUCAACCGUUCACCUAAAUUUGCGACGCGGGGACACGAGGGCGAACGUAUAACAUUAUACCUUGAACUCAAGAUUCUCGCAGAUAUUGGACUUGUCGGGAUGCCAAACGCGGGCAAGAGCACUCUCCUUCGCGCAUUGACUGGCGGACGAACGAAGACCGAAGUUGCCGGUUACGCGUUUACUACGCUCAACCCCAUCGUUGGUGUAAUUCGUGUAGGAGAAGAUGGGACCUUCGAAGGCGAACUCCAGGGUGAACAUAUAUUCGAGGAAACUGCUGUUGAGGAGGAACGCCUCCGACAGCGCGAACUUUCCGAAAGAGAAAAUCCCGAAGAGCGAUUGCGUUUAGAAGACAAUUCGCCUGAUUCCCCCGGGCCUGACAUAGAACAACGGCCAGGUCAUGACUUUGACGUUCAUGAGACCUUUCGCUUCACCGUUGCGGACAAUCCUGGGCUCAUAUCCGGCGCAUCAGAAAAUGUUGGUCUGGGUCAUUCCUUCCUGCGCUCAAUGGAACGAUCCCUUGCGCUCGUCUACGUCGUAGACUUGUCUCGCCCAGAACCAUGGGACGAGCUAAGAGACUUAAAAGACGAGCUAGAGAAAUACCUACCAGGAUUGAGUGAUAAGGCUCAUAUGGUUCUAGCAAACAAAGCAGACUUGUUGGGUGGUGAUGGGGAUCAGGAAGCAGUGGAGGAGGCGCGUGAAAAGCUGAGGAGACUCGAGGAGUACGUCAAAACGGAGAUGGUCGUGAAGACGGCGGAUGGGGAGCGGAUACUCGAUGUCAUUCCUACCUCAGCGAAGUUGAGCCAGAACCUCAAGAAGGUAGUUGGGCUCAUGCAGAAAUAUGUCGAGCAAGCUAGAAUCGCAGGGGUUUAGUGGUCGUGUGUAUGUAUGUGAUCUAUCUCAUUCUCUCUU